AUGUCGAGUCUCUGUUUCUCAUUUCUUCUUUUGAUCACAUGGAUCGGGUUAUUCGGUCACGUGAUUCAAGCCGAAUACCCGCCGGAAUUCACACACCAGGUUCAAAAUUAUCCGAAUGUGAUCGAUUCGAAGGAUCAAUGUUUGCCACUUAAGGGGAACUAUGAUCAUCCGACCACAUUUGUCUGUGACCCAUUCCGUCUGUUGACUGUGGAUCAAAUCAAUCGGUUGAACAAGCUUCUGCAGGAUGAUUAUUCCCGAGAUGGCAGUCAGUGCAGCGUGACCAAUCCUAAUCCCGUGAUUGGUGUCGCAUUGACCAACCGGCUCAAAGUUGGAAACGAAAGUCCGGAUCGCCUUUUGGACUACGCGUCGAUCUUCGCGUAUUACCUGUUCCGGGAAUGGAACUUGCCCUUCAAAUGUCACACUGGAUCGGAUAAGAUUAUCAUUUUCUACUCGAAGGAUGACGGCGUUCUUUACACGUUUGCUGGGGACCUGAUCGAACGCAAGCUUUCGUCGCAGCAACUGAUCGAUAUUGCAGUGCAGUCCCGGGUUUACUUCUCGAAUGGAAUUUAUGAGGGUAUUGCUUAUCUCAUUCAACAAUACAAGUGA